UUUACGCAAUGCCGCCCCGGGCAGUGCGUGGCCUCGUUUUGAGCGCAGUUUACCCCAAACAUGGCGGGUGUCUCGGGCUGAGCGAGGGAGACAGAGUGGAGGCAGUUUCCAUCUCAAGAAAGUUUUACCUCCAGCCCUUCCUCUCACCCCUGCCUCUACGAGGUGUGGGAAGAGAAAUAUGAGUGAAGAGAAGCCGAUGGGAACGGAGUCGGUCCGAAAUAGUGCCCCAUAAGGGACCUCAGAGGGUUCUCAAUCACCCUUCCCCUCUGGGCUUCGAACUUUCACCCCAAUUCUGUGACUGACCCCAUUGCCUGUGGCCCCUUUUGCCGUGCCCCCUCUCCCUGUACCCCAUUUAUUAUCUCACCUUCACCCCAAGAUUGUGAUUUCUAUCUGCACUUCAUCCUAUAACACCCAAUGUAAGCUCGCUCUGUCGCCUCAAACCCCUGCUACCCGCACCGCUACCUGCUACCUGAACUUACUCGCCACGACCAGUCCCAAUCUUGUUCCUAUGCCGAGAGGAAUCCUACACCUCUCUGUUCCCCAGCCUUCUCGUAUCCUAUUUUCAGUUUUAAAUGAGUUUUUUAAAUUGCUUGGACCUGGAGUCGGUUAAUUUAUGGGGCAACAACCAGGCAAAGUUCUUGCGGACCAAAGGAGGCCAACUUUAACGGCGCUGCAGUUUAUCAAAGGAGGGAGGAGAGAAGCAUCCAAACAUGGAGCUCAACAUUUUAAUGUUUUUGUGGAGCACGAAGCCCUACACCGUCCAGAGUUUGAGUCCCAGGGUCUGAAUGAAGCUGCUCGGUGGAAUUCCAAAGAGAACUUGCUUGCCUGCCCCAGUGAAAAUGAUCCCAAUCUUUUUGUUGCACUGUAUGAUUUUGUUGCCAGUGGUGAUAACACACUCAGCAUAACAAAAGGUGAAAAGCUUCGUGUUCUGGGCUACAACCACAAUGGAGAAUGGUGUGAGGCUCAGACUAAAAAUGGUCAAGGUUGGGUUCCAAGCAACUACAUAACACCGGUGAACAGUUUAGAGAAACACUCCUGGUACCAUGGGCCGGUCUCGCGCAAUGCUGCAGAGUAUCUCCUCAGCAGUGGCAUUAACGGAAGUUUUCUGGUGCGGGAGAGUGAAAGCAGCCCCGGACAAAGAUCCAUAUCACUUCGUUAUGAAGGAAGGGUAUACCACUACAGGAUAAACACUGCAUCUGAUGGAAAGCUGUAUGUAUCUUCUGAGAGUCGUUUCAACACGUUGGCAGAGCUCGUUCACCACCACUCAACGGUGGCCGAUGGACUGAUCACCACCCUACACUAUCCAGCUCCAAAACGCAACAAGCCUACGAUUUAUGGAGUCUCGCCAAAUUAUGACAAAUGGGAGAUUGAACGAACAGACAUUACAAUGAAACACAAAUUAGGUGGUGGACAAUAUGGGGAAGUGUAUGAGGGAGUCUGGAAGAAAUACAAUCUCACUGUGGCAGUGAAGACACUAAAGGAAGAUACUAUGGAAGUGGAAGAGUUCUUGAAAGAGGCUGCAGUUAUGAAAGAAAUUAAACAUCCCACCCUCGUACAGCUGCUGGGUGUAUGUACUCGGGAGCCUCCAUUUUACAUCAUCACGGAAUUCAUGACUCAUGGAAACCUCCUUGAUUACCUCCGUGAUUGUAACAAAGAGGAGGUGAAUGCGGUUGUGCUGCUAUAUAUGGCAACUCAGAUAUCCUCUGCAAUGGAGUAUUUAGAGAAGAAAAAUUUCAUUCACAGGGAUCUUGCCGCUAGGAACUGUCUUGUAGGGGAGAACCACUUGGUUAAAGUGGCGGAUUUUGGGCUAAGCAGAUUGAUGACGGGAGACACAUACACAGCACAUGCUGGAGCUAAGUUUCCCAUUAAAUGGACUGCGCCAGAGAGCCUGGCCUACAACAAAUUUUCAAUCAAAUCUGAUGUGUGGGCUUUUGGUGUUCUUCUGUGGGAGAUUGCAACUUAUGGCAUGUCCCCAUACCCUGGAAUUGACCUUUCACAGGUGUAUGACCUAUUGGAAAAGGAUUACAGGAUGGAGCGGCCUGAGGGCUGUCCAGAGAAGGUUUAUGAAUUGAUGCGCGCAUGUUGGAAGUGGAACCCUGGAGAUCGACCAUCAUUUGCAGAUGUCCAUCGAGCAUUCGAUACUAUGUUUCAGGAGUCCAGCAUUUCAGAAGAGGUUGAAAAGGAGCUCGGGAAGAAAGGGGGGAAAUGCUGCGGCAGUAGUAAGCCACAAGCUCCAGAAUUGCCGACAAAAACGCGCACCCUUCGCAGAACCACCGAGAACAAAGAACCAAGCGAGAUCCAGGAGACGACCCAUUCGAUAUUUAAAGCCACAAGUGAAUUUGAUUCAGCGGACCAUGAAAUGGCCAUUUCUCCAAUGCUGCCACGGAGAGACAAAGACACAGAUGGCACUUUGGACGAUGAUCGUUUACAGUCUUCCACCAAAGAGAAAGGCAAAUCCAGUUCCAUCUUCAGCUCUUUCAUUAAGAAGAAGAAAAAGACUGCACCCACACCACCAAAGCGCAGUAGCUCGUUCCGCGAUAUGGACGGGCAGGUGGACAAGAAGGAAGCGGCAGAGGACAUCAGCAUAGUUGCUAAAGAUACUAACAAUGGAACUUGUGUGAACAGCAUGAUGCCUCCCGACACAAUAGAUCCUGGUAAAUUUCAGCACUCGCUUAGCACUGGGCCACAAAGUACAAACAAUGUAGCUGGAGGGGUUGCCAAUGGCAGUUUCUUGGGAACAACGGGAUUCUUUCUGCAUUCGAGGAAGUCCAGUACAUUAGCUGCAGGCAAACCAGUUGGGAAUGAAGAGGAACUGCUCUCAAAUUCAAAGCGCUUCUUGAGAUCUUGCUCUGCAUCAUCGAUGCCCCCUGGACACAAGGACAUGGAGAGGAAAGCAUUGACACUCCCUCGUGACCUCCAGUCUGCAGGGAAACUGUCCGAUCCAGCCGGGAUCUUAAGUGGCGACAGGAAUGAGAAGCCAGCCUUGCCUCGAAAGAGGACAAAUGAAACUAAAGUGGACAUUGCUCCUCGGAUAAACCAAACUGCACCAUCUCGACUACCAAAAAAGACUGACGAGUUAAGUGAUGAUGUUUUUAAUAAUCUGGAGUCCAGUCCGAGCUCGAGCCCACCGUCAUCCACUCCAAAGAUCGUCCGAAGGCAACCCACAGUCGUUACAUCAAUCAGUCUCGUCCCUAAGGACAAGGAUGACGGUGGGAAGACUUGUGCCUUAACUUCUGCUUCCCAACCGGACCAUAUCUCCUCUAGUGUUGCUGCUUGCACAUCCAAACACAGCUCCACGUCAAUCCUGGGCGGGGUGAAGCUGCUGAACGAAGAUUCCAAGGUACGAAGGUUCAGGCAGCCUCCCGACCAGCUCCUGUCGGCCCCCGUAAGAGACCGGGGUAAAUUGCAGAAAUCCAAGCCAGCUCCUCCUCCGCCACCAGGCGUGAAAUCUGUUCGACCGUCUCGAAGCCCGACCCACGAGACAACGGGCGAGACUUCUGUGGGCAUCAAGCUCAAGCAGUCCACCCAGGCUGCAGACGCUGUGAACAGUGAUGCUUCGAAGCCCAGUCACCCUGGGGACGUGGCGAAAAGACCUGCCCUCCAUUCGGUAGCAAAGUCACAAUCAUCCACGAAGGCAUCGACCCCCAACUCAACCACAUCCUCACUCUCUGCACAGUCUGCCCUAGCAAGCCCCAGUGGUGACCAGCAGUCCUCAGCAACCACAGCCUUCAUCCCACUCAUCUCCACCAGAGUGUCCUUACGCAAGACACGACAGCAGCCGGAGAGGAUCACCAGUGCCAACAUUACCAAGGACACCGUUUUACAGAGCACCGAGGCGUUGCGGGUCGCCAUUGGAAAAAACUCUGAGCAGAUGGCCAGCCACAGUGCGGUGCUGGAGGCGGGCAAGAAUCUAUACACCUUCUGCGUCAGCUACGUUGACUCCAUCCAGCAAAUGCGCAAUAAGUUUGCCUUUCGGGAGGCCAUCAACAAGCUGGAGUGCAACUUACGGCAGUUACAGAUCUGCUCAGCCAGUCAGGACUUCACAAAACUGCUCUCAUCUGUGAAAGAAAUCAGUGACAUUGUCCAGAGGUAGCAAAGGCUCAGGGGGUGCGGGUGCCAGGGGAAAAAAGUAUAUUGUCAAAAAGCUGCUCCCAGACUCCAAAACAGUGUGAUAGAAUCAGGGGAAAGACUUGAAUUUGGCUGACUGCCAGGAGUGUACGUGGAAGCAUGGCUUUCAUUGCUUGGUAGCCCUGUUAGUUCCCCAUGUUUGCUUCAGUUUCCUCUUGUCAGAGUUUUGUUAUUGCAUUGUAUUUUGUAACGCAGAAACAAGAGUCAGCCCACCGGAUCUGUGCCAGUGUUUACACUGCACACAAGCCCUUUCUGCAUCUUGGCCAUUUACAUUUACAUCUAUUCAUUCCUCACUCGUGCUUAUUCACAUCAGUUAGGUCUGAAGGAAUUGCUGAUUCCUUGAUGCAGAGUGUAAACUCUGAGAAGCCACUGUGGUCAUUUGCCUGUUUAUGAUUUGAGGUUUGUGAACUGUUAAUUAAGCCCCCUGUCUUUGGUGUGAUGCAGUUCCCGCACUGAAUCAACUGCAUUAAUUUCACCUUGAAGCACAAGUUCCACUUGGGAGCAGCUGUGAUCAUUAGGAUGACGUGCCAGCACUGCUCCCUCUUCCUUAAAAAACUCGUUUUUCACUUGUUCAAGGCCUUUCAUAAUUAUCAUUGGAAAAUGUAUUCCUCAUGAUUAAAUUAGUCAUUAGAAACAUUGGCAUGCUUAUGCACCUCGCAUCUUUUGCCAUUCACCACCCGGCUGUCUGGAAUAUGUCUGACUUCAUUCUCAUUCCAUUACCCACUCUCUCCCUUGACUCUGUCCCAAUUAAACAUUUCCUUACAGCGUUCCAAAUAGAUCAUUGUGGAUCUGCCUUUCUUAUCCUGAUAGUUAUAAUGUCAAUAUGAUAGGAUAUAAAAUCAGGAAUAAAAACUAAGCCAUGCCAGGAGUUUCUCAAUAGUUUACCUCCAUUACUGAUACACUGCAGUGUGAAGGCUUUGGAAAUGGAGGCUAGUGGAAAGUUGGGGCAGGGGACUAACUAAAGUAUAGGUCCAUGCAAACUAUUGAGCUGCAGAUAUUGGUUGAUUUUAUCCCAUUAAUUGGAAGUAACUGGUUUGGAAGUCUCCUGGCAGUUCUUUCAUAUAUAUAUUUAGAAACUGGGCAAUAAAAAUCAAACUAAUUCUGCAAAUAUGCCGUAUAUUUACCCCUCGAUCAACUUAAUUGAAACAAUUCUGAAUGACUACGGCAUCAUUAAAUCGCGUGAGUUACUGGGUUGGAGAAAGGACAGGACUCGUAGUAAACAAAUUUGCACUGAAAGUGAUUUCCAUUUAAGAAGCAGCUCAUGGCAAACUAUAUUCUCCCAUCGGAAUAAGGCAUCUUACCCAGAGAAAUGAGUGGAGGAUCAUUGCAUAGACAUUAUCUGCGUGACAUUGAUCUCAGUCACUAAACAGUAAUGAAGGACCACAAGCUUCAUUGAGUGGGAAUUAUGCAGUUGUUAUCUCUGUUUAAAUAGUGUUAGCACCCGACGCAGCUGUACUGGUCAUCUGCCUACAAUCUCAUUGAGGGAUUUGGCCACAUUUUCUGCAAUGCAAAAUGACACAGUUAACAGCCGUGUGCAAAACAAUGUCCUGAGGAUUUGAAGGGUGUAAUACAAAUGCAAGGUCUUCUACAACAAAAACGCUCGCUAUUUCUCUCAACCUUUUUAGUGCAGUGCGUAUGAUUAAUUAAUCACUGCAUUAAUUUAAAAUGGGUCCAAGGGAAAUUAACAGAGCCUAAUCGCCAUUGAAGAUUAUAUAUUCCUUGCCAAAUCAAUAUUACUGACAUUCAGCAAUGUGAGUGUAAUGGAUAUUUUAAUCAAUGUCAAAAUUGGUUCUGAGAACCAAUAAGUAACAUUAACUUUGGUGACUGAAGCAAACAUGGGGACAUGGCCCAUCAUUCGAUAUUUACAUUUUGUCUCAGUCCUGCUAAAACUGAGAUCUAUUCACAGGGCUUGAAUGCAAUAUUUCUCAUAAGUGGUAACGUUUUAUGUGUUCUCUUCUGCAAUUAAAAUUGCUACCAGCAGUAAAUGUAUUUUUCCAAUCACUAAACUCACUCAAGCAAACUAAGUCAAGUCAUUUGAAACAAAUGGAACACUUUGACUUAGCGUGUGAAUUUCACCAACCAGAGCCUUUCUAAUGAAUGCAGAACUUGCCCGUAAAAAUUGAAAAAUGUGUAAGUAUUUUGUUAAUUGCUGGGUUGAGUCAAGACCUUUGAUCGAGGCCGCUCGCUGAUAAUCUCAUUCCUGGUGACAGUGUGAACUCACAGUUUAAUGAGUUUGUUUUGGGGUUGGGAUAAGGUGGGGGAUGAGCUGGGUGUGCCAGUGGUUAGGGGAAGAAAAUUCUGUUUUAAUUUGAUGGCAUCACACAGACGCAGCCUGUAAUAAAGCUGGUCAAGUGUAUGCUAUAUACUGCUUCGGGGGCAGUCGUCUUUUGUCAUAGCUGGCUUAGCAUAUGUGACACUUCUCACUGAAUCAUUAAGGGCUUGGAAAAGAGACCCGUAGAAGCACAAUGUGAAAUAUCAAGAUGGUCUAGAUGUGAAGUUUAUCUUUACACUUUAGUUUUAUUAAGUAUUGCCUUAACUUCCUCCGUACAGCAGUUAAAGAUUGAUUCAGCCAAACAUGUUUUUCAAAGUUUGUUAUCCAGUUGUGUAAUGACUUCAGCAUCCACCAAACUCUUCAACUAUAAAGUUAUUUUUUUGUUGGUUCUUAGAAUGAGAUUUAUUUGUAUUAUCAUUGUAGAACUGCACUGCGUCAAAAUCUGGAGAAGGAAGGCUAAAUGUGGCACAUCAGAGUCAAAACUGUAUGUUCAUCUGAAAGUUUGCCUCUUUAUUUUAAUUCCACUUAAUGAUCUGAAAAGACUUGAAAAGUAAUCGAAUACUUGUAUAUUUUCAAUGCUGAGGUCUAGCUUCAUUGCUAAGGCUCCUGUAUAAACAGUUUGGAACUGUUCACUAUUAUCUUGUGAUUCCCUCAUCACAGUGAUGAUCACUGAAGAUUUACUAGUCUCCGAAAUAACCAGUCGGGAACACCUGAUUCUCCUGAGACUGGUUGGAUUUCCAAAGCUGCUUUAUUUUCAUUCUGUACGCUGUAGCAGUAUUUGUUAUGUACAAAGAGAUUUUCAGUUUCCAAAUACAAUGUAACAGGGAAGAAGGCACAAUGUUGGCGAGUACAGACUCUGUUCUUUCACCCCUCCAAACAAUACUACAAAUGCUCUUAAGUUAAACAAUUUACAAUUGUUUUGAUGGCUCCCCUCAGCAUCGGAAUUGGAGAUUUGAUUGCAAGCAUAAUAUCAGCGUACAUGAAUGUUUUAAAAAUAUGCCACCAACUUCUUGUGCAUGGAUUUGCAUGGACACCAGUAAUAUCCUUAUUGUAAACCUAUGUCAGAUUGUUUUUUAAAAGAUCAUCACAAAAUUAUUACCAGGAAGCAGAUUAUAGAAUUAAUUUGUCCACUUGUCCACUGUGUCUGGAUUUGAACUGUUAGGAACAAGAAUUGGCUAUUCAUCAUCUAUCCAUUUGUUUCUGUUUUGGUUUAUCCAUGCUUCAACACCUUUUAUCCAUGAACUCUCACUCAACAAAAAUCUAUUUAAUUUAGUCUUAAAUUGCAGUUGCCCUUCUUUCCCCAGGAUCCAAAACAUUUGCAGGGUUGGACCACAAGACCUCUCAACUUUGCAUGAAAACUUUGCUUCAAUUUCCUCAAUUGUUACAGAUUCUCCUCCAAUUGUUGAUUUAUUAAACCUCUUUAUAAUUUUAAACUCCAGUGUUCAAGACCGCCUUCAAUAUUCUAACUCAAAAUUAUAUAUUUUAUGAAACUUGUCCCACAAAAUGAUUCCAUAAAACCUAUUGUAAUUUAGGCGAAAAUAAGCUUUCAAAGGUUUAUGCUGCGAUGCUAAACCCAGAAUAGCAUGUGUUUGCACAGUGUUUAUGAGGAAUUCAGACUGGUUAGAAAUCCAUAUCACAGGUAUUUUAAUCUAUCUUGAGGUUUAUUUUGCUUAGUUAUUAGCUGGUACCAUCUAUCAGGACCAGAAUGGCAGAAUAAUGAGUGUUGGUGUUCUUGGUCAUUGCAUCUGAUUUUAGAAACCUAGCACUGUACAACCACAAGAUGGACAGUUAAAAUAUCUAAUUGGUAACAAUUGAUAAUCUAUCAGCACCAAUAAGAUACUUCCCCUUGCACCUUAUUUCCAAAAAUCUUGUCCUUUUAUUAACUCUGGUUACGUCAUUCAUUCAUUCACUCACCAGGGUUCUUUUUUGCCUGCCUACACGUCCCUCUAUUCUAAAUUCACUCUUGUCCCAUAUCUCCUCCACACCCCCAACUCCUAAAGAUCACUCCAUCAUAGUCUCCUCUCACCAUUUGAUAUCUGAUGUAUCAUUGUUCCUCAGCAAUCUGCUCCAUGUUCAAUCCUUUGCCCAGCCCCUUCCACACCACACCGUACUUACCACCCUCACACUGCACCCAGCCUGUACCCUCAUUAUACUUUUCUAUCUAUGUUUUACAUUUUGACCUUAGAAUGCAGAAGUUGGAUAACUAGUGGGGGGGAGGGAACAGAAUGUAUUAACUGGUUUUGUUUUGCCAGGAUAGAGUAUGGAAACUAUUUCAAAUCAGAGAAUUGGAGAAGCAAAGAUAAUCUACCACCCUGCUUCAUUUCAUCAUAACUUUAACUUCCUUCCUGCCUGUUUAUCUAACCUUCCCCUAAAAGUAUCAAUCCUCUCUUCUAACUCUAGCCCAAUCUGUUCCAAUCUCUCCCCUGUGUUUUUAAACAGGCGCGAGCGACUCAGUUAAGUCGAACUUUCAGGGAGAGCCAUUACGUUCUGAUGUUGCCUCUUGAUUGUGUGCUUGAAGUCUGGGAUUCCGGAUGUUUGGGACCAAGCACGUACACUCGCAAUUUCCUAUCGGAAUGUAGUCAGACCUAUUAUAUGCAGAGGUGGUUAUAUGACCUUUUAAAAUAACAUGAUUAAAGUCUGGUUCGUUCCAUUAUUUCUCCCUGGUGUCAAGUGCCACCAUCGCGAGGUAGAUAAAUUGAUUACCUGUUGACUGUUAACAAAAGGAGGGUUUUUUUUAUUUUUUAGGAUGAAACAGAAAAUCAAGACUAUCUGGAAACACUUAACUGGUGGGUUGCUUGUGACUUUGCUCAGGGUUGGUGGAGCUUUGCUUUAGAUUUUAGAGAUACAGUGUGGAAAUGGGGCCUUUGGCCCACCGAGUCGGCACCAACCCACGAUCGCCUCCUGCACUAGCACUAUCCUACACACCAGGGAUAAUUUACACUUCACAGAAGCAAAUUAAUCUACAAACCUAUACAUUUGUUGUCUUUGGAGUGUGGGAGAAAACCAGAGCACCCAGGGAAAACCCAAGCAGUCACAGGGAGAAUGUAAAAAAGACAGUAGACAGCACCCGUAGGUAGGAUUGAACCCAGGUGUCUGGCGCUGUGAGGCCGCAACUCUACCGCUGCACCACUGUUGUGUAUUUCAGGGUGAUACGUGGUGUACUGUGUAUCCUGCAGUAAAUAUAUAACUAGCUGACUAUUGGAAAGAUCGCAAGUUUAAUUCAGUAUAGGACAGACUGUUGGAGACUAAUUGUGCUUGAGAAGGAUUAGAAAAAUGACGUUGCAAGGCUACUGUGAGCUAGACCGUGAGAUCAUAAUGAUGAGGUUAGUUGGGCCCUCCAAUAGCUGCAGAAAUUAAAGGAUCAGACCAAAACGUUGUCAGCUUUUUGUGUCCACAUUACUGUCUAUAUCUCUCGUUUCCCUUAUGCCUAACCAGUCUGAAGAAGGGUAUCGAUCCAAAACAUCAUCCAUUCCUUCUCUCCAGAGAUGCUGCCUGCUCUGUUGAGUUACUCCAGCUUUUCGUGUCUAACUUCGGUUUAAACCAGCAUCUGCAGUGCCUUCUUGCAUAAAAUGUUGCUUGGUUCUCAGCCAUGGUGUAGCCCAGCCUGUCAAUUACUGGAGACAGCCUCAUGAUUUUGUUUCAACCUCUGGCGUCCAGAUUAUGUUCCCGCCCUUUGCAGUCGGUCACGCUAUAAUCCGAUUUUAAAAAACAAUGCCAAACACAAUAUUACCUGUUAAUGGAGGCUAAAAAACAAGUUACCAGCUAAUCACUUGUUUUAAAAGCAGUGGAUGGAUAUAUAUUUGAUAGAGGUGACAUGCCAAUAAACCAAAGGCACAUUUGAGCACAUAGUUAUGAAUUUGCUCAGUUUAUGGUUAAUAUUAGUCACGUAACAAGGAAACAGGCUCUCGGCCCCAACUCAUUCAUACCGACCAAGAUGCCGUCAAAUUUAGUCCCAUUUGGCCCAUAUUCCUCUAAACCUUUGCUGUCCAUAUAACAGUCCAAAUGUCUAUUUUAUUGUUAAAUAGGUGCACAUAAUUGCAAUUUAGUUUGUGAUAUAAAACGUUGGUCCAGCAGUUGCACUGGAAGAAAUUCCCUGCCAGAGACCAGUUGAAGUGUUAAAACACCUGCUUGAUUAUUUACAACCAAGAUUCCUCAUUAUGAUCAGUUUUCCCCAUUUCUGUUUCCCACCCUCCCCCCACAUAAAGAAAAACUCAUUCAUGAUUGGAGUUUUCAGAGUGAUUCUAGUUUUCUAUCCUGACUAUUUGUGUGUAGUUGUUAUUCUAAUAACGUUAUGCAAAAACAUGGCUACAUUUCAAAAUACUAUGCAAUUAAAAAAAAACAUAAAAAAGCACUUGAAAUGAAAUUACGGUGUUUUGUAAAGGGAGGGUAGGAAGGGUGUGAUCUGGAAUAAUUCCCUUUAUCCUGUCCUAAAAAGCCUAUGUUAGAACGAGGUUGUUUUUUGUGGGAGCUGUUGAAUGGGCUUGGAACCUUGUAGCUUGAAACGGAGGAAGACAUUGAGUCUGUUGUGAUGAAGAUUCAAGAAGGGAAUUUAAAAUAAUAAAGCAGGUUGAUGUUGCCACAAAAUUAAUCCAGUGUCCUUCCAGCAGUUUAUCGUUUGCAGUCAUGGCUGUGAGUUAUCCUCUGCACCUAAUAUAAUACAGGUCGCGCUGUGUGUGCUGACCAGAAUAUGGUGGGUGUGUAUGGUGAGCACAUUAUUUAUUUAUUUAUUUGUCUCAGGUUUUAUGUUUUUAAUUUUUCCCUGGCCUCCUCUUCCCAUUGUCACUCACUUGUACACAUCUGUCAGUCUAAUGAGCUCCAGGCAUUCAGACACCCUAACCUGGUGACUGACGUUUUAGAGAUAAAUAUCCCCCAAAGAAUAACAUGUCCUUAAACAAAUCCUUUUGAGAUGGUAUCAGUUGACCAAUGUAGGCAAUCUCAGUCCCAGCUUCCUAUAUCAGUGUCUUUUCCAGAAAUAACCCUUUUUUUUUUUUAAAUGAGUACUGUGGGACAUCCAAUGGGUGUAGGCGUCAGCUUAAGUGAGGAGAUGUUUGGCAGUAUCAUUCUUCAAUAGGGUGCCGUACAAAAGUGUGGCUCCAACUCCCUCUUCAAAACUUUAGUCUCAAAUCAUUCGCCCUUCCUGACAUGUGUUUUUCUUAUCCUCCAUGCUUGCAGUCUGGAAACAGCAAAUAAAUUAUUGAUCCUUCUUUAGAAAUAAAUAAUUCCAAUAUCAAGUGCAACAAGCAGCUGCUACCUGUGCUCAGCAUGAUUUAAAUUCUGCCAAUUCUGAAACCGUUGUUUGACAUGAAUUUGAAAUUGUUUACUGUUCAUCCAAUACCCAAUGUAAAGACACGCAGUAACAAUUGAGUCCUGAUUGUUAAUGUGGCCAGACACUGGCUCCUGGGCCAGUGGACACACACUGUCUUAUACAUAUUGUGAGGCAGACCUUUUUUUCAAAACUUGCUCAGAACACACUUUGGAAUUAACCCCUCAAAAUAAAACCUCUCUGCAAUAUGAUUGUGCGUUCGGUAUUAUUUUCAUUCGCAUUGGUUCAAAUUUACAGUUUUAAAGACAUUUUCAGUAUUAGUAUCAUGUUCUGACCUCUUAUCACUCUAGGCCUUACUGUGAGUUGGAAACGAAAAUAAAAAUCGCACGCAAGUUGCCUUUUGUUAAGAACAGAAUCUAUUCUUUUUUGCCAGGGUACCGUUUUAUUUUAUUUGGACAACAUAAUGUGCCACUAUUACCAUUGAUUUUUCUCUAUUACCAGCAAUGUGUUGGGUGAUUAAUGUAUUCCUUGUAUGUGUAAGUGUCUUUUUGUAUCUGUAACAUCUAUGGUGCAAUUUUAAUUUCUGGUCAAAUACAGUUUGUUUAUGUA